CUUAUACCAUACAUUUAAUUACUCAAGAAAGUUGUCUAGUAUCUUUUUAACAUGUGUUUUUAGAAGUGCCAUUGAAAGUUGUGUGUUUAAUUCGAUUGCCCAUUUCCAGAGUAUUUCGAGGGUUUCAAGAAUGAGUGAUUCUGAUGAUAAUUGGUUUGAUAAGGAUAUUGAAGAAUUUCAAGUUCCAAUAAAGAAAAAGACUGUUGAUUUAACUGCAGAACAAUUGGAAGAAGUUAAAAUUGGAGAAGAUGAAAAUCCCAAGUCCUCAGGAAGUGCCUUUGGCCUGCCAGAAGAUUAUGGAGGAAGUUACAACAUAAAAGUGCCUUCGAAACUCCCUAUGAGAAAUACGGAUAACAACUCAAAGAAAACCCGAGGAAAAAACAGUGCUUCUCAGGGAGAAAUCCAGAAAAUGUCGAAGAAAGAAUUGCUGGAGAUCAGUAAAAAGAAUCCUCUAGACGUGUUCUUGGAAAUCAUGGGAAAGGCGCUAAACUUUAAGGAAUUAGCAUUAGAAAAGCAGAAAUCCCACGAAACAAUCAUUCUCUUGAUCGUCGUCUUGGGAAAACUUCACCAAGUUCCGCUGAAUCACAAUUUGGAACACUUCAUGGCUCAGAUCUUGAUGCCCGAUGAUGUUCUGCAGGAAGAUUUGCUAUCCUACGUGAAAUAUGCUGUGGAUCUCGAGGAGAAGAAAACAGCAAACUUGCUGCCCUUUUCUGAUCUAGUUUGGACAAAUUUGGAGUCACUUUGCGGCUUUGGGAUGAGAUUCAAUGGACAAUUCAAUCGUUGGGCUGUUUUGACCCUUGCAAUCUGUGAAAUCCUCGAAGGGAAAAGGAGAGAAUCUUUAGUGGAGAAACACUCGAGGUUUUCAAAAUUGUCGAAUGAUAUCACGACGAAUUACUUCUAUUCGGAAACGAUUUAUGCCAGUCUCGACGAUCUCAAGGAUGUGCCAAGCAAGAGAAGUUGGAGAAAAAAACGAAUUGCGGAAAUGGUAAAGAACAGUGACUUCGCAGAUGCUUCAGAAUACUUGGCAUUCCAGUUAACUCACUUAAAAAACACUUUUGUCUACAAAUUGUUCGAGGGCGUGAAGAAAUUCAAUCAACAGAGAGGAGAAAAGCGACGAAGUAUCGUUUUGGAGGAUAUUUCCGGGACGAAUAUCUUUCCUUUCGUACGCAUUCGCAAGAGUUUCCCACAAAUUAUGUCCUUCAGCGACAAAUACUUUCUCCUUGAUUUGGCUCCGCACGUCAGAGUUGAUCAUCGACUGCCUGAGAAUGUUAGGGAAGAAGUGACGAAGCGAGACUUUCAAUUCAUUCCCGGAUCUCUGCUCUUCCUCUCUACAUCACCCUUGUUUGAGGACUUAAUUGUGGCGGAAAUUCCCUUCCUUCCGGUCGAAGUGCAGCGCGAAGGCUUCCUGAUCGUUGACAUUGUGCGACUGGAGAACAUCAAGGGAUGCAUUUUAAACAGUAAUCUCAUUCUCGUGACGAUUCCUUUCAUGUUCGAGCCCGUGCUGCAGAACUUGAGAGCUCUGCAGAAGAUCUCAACAGCGACGCUACCAAUGAAAGAAUACCUGGUGAAUUGUAAAGCUGCGGCUGUUCUACCUGACUAUGAAAAUCUGGAAGAGUAUGCAUUUUCCUUGGAGAAAAUCAAUCUCAGGGCGGAAGAGCACAGGGAAGAUGACUUGAAAAUGUUGGGAAUGAAUGAGAGUCAAUUUGAAGCCUUUCGAAUGGCGUUGACGAGAAGAUUGACGGUGAUUCAAGGACCUCCAGGAACUGGAAAGACGACAGUCGCCCUGAAUAUCAUUCAGCGCCUCCUGACCAACACUUCUCUCAGGAUUCUUAUCGUCAGCUACAGGAAUUUCUCCCUAGACAAGUUGCUCAUGAGAUGUUCUACUCUCACGGACAAAAUCGUCAGACUUGGAUUGCAAUUGGCAGAUCCGGGAGUCAAGAAGUUCACGCUGGACAGGAGUAUUGUUGAUCCCAGACACUACGCGGUGCAGAAACAAAGUUUGGCUCUUUACAGUGAGGCGAUGGAGAAAUUUGUAGACACGAUGAAGAACCUUGAAGUUGAUGGCAAAACCGAGAAAUGCACUCUUGAUGAGGAUUUCGAGCGACUUCGGCAAGCAACUCUGAGGGAAGCUGAGCUUGUGCAUCUGCGGAUGUACUACGGAUGCAAAGACGCCCGAAUUAUUGGCAUGACAACGUCAGGAGCAGCGAAAUAUCACACUCUUCUUGAGCUUCUUCGUCCAUCAGUUGUGAUCAUUGAGGAAGCGGCUGAAGUACCUGAAUCUCACGUUAUCACUUCCUUAACGCAACACACACAGCAGUUGGUCCUGAUCGGUGAUCAUAUGCAGUUAACAUACUCCCUUGACAUCGACAUGGGUAGGAAUUGCACACCAAAAUCCCUCUUCGAGCGUCUGGUACAGCAUGGAGCGAACGACAUCUGCCUCAAUAUCCAGUAUCGAAUGCAUCCCGACAUGGCCGAUUUGCUGCGAAACACAAUUUACCAUGAUUACUCGGACGGCGAGAAUGUGAAGCAAUACAAGGCAAUUCGAGGAAUUUCUAAGAAUCUCUAUUUUAUUAGCCAUGAAAACCUGGAGACGCUGGCUAGGGAGAGAUACAAACUGCUGCAGCAAGAGUGUCCCAUCAAGAAGAGCGAAGACACGUCGAAAGAGAAUUUCUACGAAAUGCUAUUCACAGUCGGUCUGGCGAAUUAUCUCCGCCAGCAAGGCUACAAAUCUGACGAGAUUGUCAUUCUGACAGCGUAUUCUGGUCAGCAAUUCGCCAUUGGAUCCAUUCUGGUUAAUUUCCCACUGCUGAAGGGCGUAGAAGUGCACACGGUGGACAGCUUCCAGGGUCAAGAAGCGCGCAUUGUAAUUCUGUCGCUCGUGCGGAGCAACGAGAAGUCAAUGAUUGGCUUCCUAACCAGCAAGAAUCGCCUCUGCGUUCUGCUAUCGCGGGCGCAAGAAGGUUUCUAUAUUGUGGGCAAUAUGGAGGCGCUGGUGAGAAGGAGCAAUGAUUGGGAGGAUAUUGCAAUUAAAUUGGAGGCCAAGGACGCUAUUGGUCCCGGAUUGCCCAUAAAAUGCGAGAAGCACGGAGGUGAAAUGAUCGCCACUGGAUUGGAGGACUUUCUGAAGUUCACACGCGAUGGAUGUCCGAUUGGCGAAAGCCUUCCCAAGACCAGAAAGCAUCCUUGCAUAAAUCUUUAAAUUAUUCAAGUU